UCAAACGAGCAUCAGCGCUCAUUCAAGUCUCGGUGUCGUCGAUCGCAGUCAUGAGGUGCCCUACUCUGUCACGGCUGCCAUCCCGUGCUGUUUCUGGCCUGACCAGGACUCCUGUUCGUCUUCAGUCUCAGCACUUCCUGUCUCGGAGAUGCGCAUCCACCGCCGUCCUCCGUUCAGCCACUGUUGCUCCGGCUUAUCAGUCCGUCCUCAGCAAUCAGAACCAGCAAAGGAGAAACGCCUCCGCUGCUGCUGCUGCUGCUGUCCUUGAGGCCGCUGCUGCCGCCCCGGAUGCUCUGUCGCAGGAAGCCAUUAUUGACAACCUCGAUCCCGUCGAAGCGGCACGCCUGUCCAAAGUCCGCAACAUUGGUAUUGCUGCACACAUCGACAGCGGUAAGACGACAUGUACCGAGCGAGUUCUCUUCUACACUGGUCGUAUCAAGGCCAUUCACGAAGUCCGUGGUCGUGACAAUGUCGGAGCGAAGAUGGACUCCAUGGAUCUCGAGCGUGAGAAGGGUAUUACCAUUCAGUCUGCUGCUACGUACUGUGACUGGGUGAAGAAGGAUAAGGAUGGACAGGACCAGAAGUACCAUCUCAACUUGAUCGACACGCCAGGACACAUUGACUUCACCAUUGAAGUCGAAAGAGCGCUGCGUGUUCUCGAUGGUGCCGUCAUGAUCCUGUGCGCUGUCUCCGGUGUUCAGUCCCAGACCAUUACCGUCGAUCGUCAAAUGAGACGUUACAACGUUCCCCGAAUCUCGUUCGUCAACAAGAUGGACCGCAUGGGUGCCAAUCCGUUCAAGGCUGUUGAUCAGAUCAACACCAAGCUCAAGAUCCCUGCUGCUGCCGUCCAGGUACCAAUUGGUGCCGAAGAUGAGUUUGAGGGUGUGGUCGAUUUGCUUACAAUGAAGUCUAUCUACAACGUCGGCCCCAACGGUGAGGAUAUCAUGAUCAAGGAUGAGGUUCCAGACAAGGUCAAGGACGUUGUGGAAGAGCGGAAGCGCAUGCUUGUCGAGACUCUCGCCGACGUUGACGACGAGAUUGCGGAACUCUUCCUUAGCGAGAUCGAGCCUACAGAGGAUCAACUUAGACAGGCUAUCCGCCGUGCUACUAUUGGUCUCAAGUUCACCCCUGUCUUCAUGGGUUCCGCCCUCGCCAACAAGUCCGUGCAGCCCAUGCUUGAUGGUGUCAUUGACUAUCUUCCCAAUCCUUCCGAGGUUCAGAACCUUGCCCUCGACAAAAAACGUAACGAAGCUCAAGUGAAGCUUGUUCCUUACAAUGCACUGCCAUUCGUCGGUCUUGCUUUCAAGCUGGAAGAGAGCAACUUCGGACAGUUGACCUACAUCCGCGUUUACCAAGGUACCCUUCGCAAGAGUGCUAACGUCUUCAACGCACGGACGGACAAGAAGGUCAAGAUCCCUCGCAUCGUGCGUAUGCACUCCAACGAGAUGGAGGAUGUCACUGAGGUGGGAGCGGGUGAAAUCUGCGCUGUGUUCGGUGUCGAUUGUGCUUCGGGUGACACCUUCACUGAUGGCCAACUGGGUUACACUAUGUCGUCUAUGUUCGUUCCUGAGCCCGUCAUCUCGCUUUCCAUCAAGCCCAAGAACGCCAAGGAUGGCGCCAACUUCUCCAAGGCCAUGGCUCGUUUCCAGAGAGAGGAUCCUACUUUCCGCGUGCACUUCGAUAACGAGAGUGAACAGACUAUCAUCUCUGGUAUGGGCGAACUGCACUUGGAUAUCUACAUUGAGCGGAUGCGCCGUGAGUACCGGGUGGACUGUGAGACCGGUCCUCCUCAAGUCGCCUACCGUGAAACCAUCGGUAGCCGUGUUGAGUUCGACCAUUUGCUCAAGAAGCAGACCGGAGGUCCUGGUGACUUCGCCCGUGUCGUGGGUUACAUGGAGCCAACUGGCAGUCUGACGGAGAACGUUUUCGAAGAACAGGUUGUUGGAGGAAGUAUCUCCGAGAAAUUCAUCUUCGCCUGUGAGAAGGGUUUCAAUUUGGCCUGUGAUAAGGGUCCUCUCAUUGGACACAAGGUCCUUGGUACCAGGAUGGUCAUCAAUGAUGGUGCUACUCACAUGACGGAUUCUUCUGAAAUGUCCUUCAAGAAUGCCACCCAGCAGGCCUUCCGCAAGGCUUUCCAGGAGAGUGGUCCCGCUAUUCUUGAGCCUAUGAUGAAGACUGUUGUCACGGCUCCUUCCGAGUUCCAGGGUGAUGUCAUUGCUCUCCUGAACAAGCGUAGCGCUACCAUCAACGACUCCGAAGUUGGUGUCGAUGAGUUCACCGUUCACGCUGACUGCAGUUUGAACGGUAUGUUUGGCUUCAGUAGCAACCUUCGUGCCGCCACUCAGGGUAAGGGUGAAUACACCAUGGAAUUCAGUCACUACGAGAAGGCGCCGGGCCAUCUACAGAAGGAACUCAUUGCCAAAUACUUGAAGGCUCAGGCCGACAGACACAAGAAAUAAGCCGAUCGAAUCACCUUCCGACCGCGUUGACUCGAGUGCAGGGAGAUAUUCCUUCUGCAUUCCGUGAGGUCUCGAAUCCGUUGGCUUGAUCUUUGCCCUCACAUAAUCACCGCGAAGUCUCCGAACGCCAUUUGACUACACUCCGGGUCUUCUUCCUCCUGCUCCAUCCCCUUCCUCGCCAAUUGUCCCGGCGUGUGUGUCUGCAUACGAAAAUGAUGUUUUUUUGUUCAUUGUAGCUCUGUUCAAAAUACUUCGGGCUCAUGUAUUAUUUACCAAGCAAUAUCGAUAACCCUUCUGCGCGUUUAGAGAAAGACGCUUUUUUACCUGAUAUAUUGGCAUACAAAGCACAGUUGGGAAGCGUGGAUGGGUUCAUACAGGUUGUACAUAAAUAUUAUUCUGAUAGUUGGGUUAUAAUCAUCUCCUCUC